AUGGCGCUGAAUUCAGAGACUGUUAGUGCGGAUGAAUUAAAAAGAUUAACUGUAAUCAAGCUUGAAUAUAUCCAUUCUUCUUUGCAAAAUAACAGUUUAGAAGUGAAUGAAAUUCUUGAGGAAUUGGAGCUUACAUUCGAAGCAUUACAUGUUUUGGAUUCUAAUGUAAGAAUACCUGAAGACUUCUUUCGUGAUUUACUGACCGCCAAAAGAAUCCUGGAAAAAAAUGCCAAAACAUGCUCACGAACCCCUAAGGUAUUCACUGGAACAGCUGGACGUCCUUCCUAUGAAAUAUCCAAAGAGCAACUCGAAGCUCUUUUGGAUGUUGGGUUUAAUGUUGGUCAAAUUGCUGAGAUGUUACAAGUUGGAAAGCGAACAAUUGAACGUCGUAUUUCUCAAUUCGGUGUGUCAGCUCGGGCCUUUAGUGGUAUCUCCAAUGACGAACUGGAUUCUGUUGUUCGUGAAAUCAAGUUGUUUUACCCAAACCUUGGAUCAAAAAACCUCGCCGGUCACUUAGCUUCCCGCAACAUUAAAGUUCCACGAGCACGGAUAAGAGAUUCCCUUAGGCGUGUUGACCCCCUAGGAGUAGCUGCGAGAAAGUGCCAGUCAAUUCAUCGCAGGGUGUAUUGUGUCUCUCGUCCAUUGGCUUUGUGGCACUUCGAUGGAAACCACAAACUUAUAAGGUGGCGGUUUGUCGUGCACGGUUGUGUCGAUGGUUACACAAGAAUUCCUGUAUUCUUACAUUGCCACACAAAUAACGAAGCAAGAACAGUCCUUCAAAGUUUUUUAUGUGCUGUUCAAGAAUGGGGUUUACCGUCCCGGGUUCGAUGUGAUCAGGGCGGAGAAAAUGUUGAUGUUGUUGAGUACAUAAUCAAUAAACGAGGCACCGAUAGAGGUUCUGCUUUGGUUGGAAGAAGUGUGCACAACCAAAGGAUAGAACGGCUGUGGAGAGAUGUCUACAGGGAUGUGUUAGAUUUAUUCUACGGUAUUUUUAUGUCAAUGGAAGAUAUUGGUUUGCUUGAUCCAAUAAAUGAAAUAGAUGUAUGGUGCUUACACUACUGCUUCUGCCAUGUGAUUAACACAAAACUGAAAUCAUGGGCUAAUGCAUGGAUAAGACACCCUUUGAGUUCUGAGCAAAAUAAAACCCCACUUCAACUCUGGGUUCAGGGGAAUUUUGAGAAUGCAGAAAGAGCUCUCCAGGAUCAAAGCAUGGUAGGUGAUGAUUAUGGUGUAGACUGGGAUGGUCCGGCAAGUUCGGAUGCUUAUUAUGAACAGGGUGUUGAAGUUGCCGAAACCAACAGUCCUUUAUCUCAGCAACAGUUGGAUCAACUUAAUGCUGAGUUCGUGCGGAAUUGCCCAAUUAAUCCUACCCCCUUGGAGUCUGUCAGUAGCUAUCAAUUCGUGAAAAAUUUUACAUUACAAUGUAUCAGAGAUGAAAAUAUCAAUAUUAUUGUGUAA